AAAAUAAAGUGACUUUUUAAAACUAUUUAACAAACGCCAUCAAAUACAGUUUAUACAAUUAUUGACACAUAUUGAAUGUAGUUUAUGACAUUUACCUAAAUAUAAUUUUGGAAAAAGCAAAUGUCCAGGGAUCCUGGAGGGUUAAAUAGAUCUCCCCCUCAUCUGAUGACGUCAGGCCCGUUCCCACAAUGCCUAGUAACACGCAGGCGCCGUGCGCCAGCUAUAAAGCUGCUAUCUGAUGCGCAGAGAUGGCGGGCGCCUCCGACCCCCUGGAAGAUAUGCUGUUUUCAGAGGUGGAUGAGAAGGCUGUUAGCGACCUGGUGGGCUCGCUGGAGUCUCAGCUGACCGGGCAGAGCAACUCAGCGGGGAAAACAGACGAAAACGGAGGCGCUAGCUCUGUGGCCCCUGCUAACCAUCACUUAGGAAAAACGCUCCCAGCUCCAGUGAGUACCACAACACCAGAACAACAACAACAGCAUCCAGGACGGCGGAAUAAAGCUGAGAUGCGGCAGGAGGUGAACUCUAAGGACGCCAGCGUGGAUAAAACUGUCACCUCUCCGUCUCUGGGCUGCUCCUCUUCUCUUGGCGAACCUCCCACCGCUCCUGCUGGCUGUGUGAGCGCCACCAGCAGCAGCAGCGGCGGCGGUCAAUCACAUGGAGCAUCCAUCACCUCACUGACCGCAUCUGGCGCGUCAACCUCGGCUUCCCCGCAGGAUAGCAUCAGCCGGAGCUCCAAGGUUAGCCCGGGCACAGAUGAGACCAGCGCUCUGAGAAAACGCGUCGCGACGCCGAGAAGGACCCCCUCUGCUCGGAUCAAGAGUUUGAAUGGCGCAGCGGUAACGACCAGGAGGAGCAGCGGCAGCCUGACCGACAGCAUCACCGGCGCCACUCGAUCAACCACCUCCUCCAUCAACACUUCCACCUUCACCCUGUCCAACGCGAACCUCCCGGUGGGUCAGUCAGCCAUCGCUCUGGACCGGGGGACUCCCACCAUCGCCCUGCGCAGACUCCCCAGUCACAUCGUAGCCAGCAUAGCCCAGAACGGCACCAGCGUUUCGGCUCUGGUCCAGCAGGGCGCACGGAUGGAAGCCGCCUCCUCAUCACCUCCCACGGAGGAUCUGAGUAAAGCCACGGACACCGGUGCUUCCAAAGCAGAGGAGCGUCAGCCUGGCUUUGCUGGUGGCGUGAGCUCCGUAAUAAACACUGUAUCACCGCCAGCUUCCUGCGCUAUAACACCAGCAACAAGCACCGCAUCAUCAGCUCCCAGCACCACGGUGAGCCAGCCUGUGAGCUCUGCUGCUGCUGCUGCAGCUGUGUGUGUCACAGCCACAUGUGUCCACACCACAUCUGUGACCACCACCGUCUGCAUGGUCAGGCCCGCAGCUCCCUCUCCAACACCCACGGUGGCCCCCUCUGCCCAGUCUCAACCCCGGCCAGGGGUGGUAACUCCUCAGCGGAUAGUGGCCCCCCAGCUGAUUGUCAGACCUUCACAACAGCAGACCACCAUUCAGCUCCCCCCUGGCUUCACCAUCCCACCUGGAAUGGUGCUCGUACGCACUGAGCUGGGCCAGUUGGUGAUGGUCCCUCAGCAGGCUUUGGCCCAAGCUCAAGCUCAGGCUCAGGCCCAGAACAACAUCUCCCCGAGACCUGCUGCCCCUACCACAGGGACGUCCUUCAGAGUUACAACUCCACAGCAGUCUCCUGCCACCUCUCAGACCCCAAGGCCGUGUCCUUUGACCUCGGCCAAGGUGGCACCGUCUCCCUCUACCACACUUUCCAGUCCUGCCCUCCAGACCACUUCCUCUGCUUCUUCCUCCUCUUCCUCCUCCUGUCCUGCACUCCGCCCUAAGGGCCCUGUGGCACCGACUGUGGCGGUGACGGCUCCGCAGCAGACCCCCGUGGUCAUGACCCCGCAGGCUACCACCCAGUCUACCUCCCAGCCAGCUCAACCUACACAGGCGAGCAUCGCACCGGCCCCCGGAGCUCCAGUCGUGUCCCAGGAAAUGCAAGAAAAUGUGAAGAAGUGUAAGAAUUUCCUGGCCACACUUAUCAAGCUGGCAUCUCACAACUCUCCAUCUCCUGAGACCUCCAAGAACGUCAAGGCUCUGGUCCAAGAUCUGCUGGAUGCCAAGAUUGAACCGGAGGAGUUCACCAGCAGGCUGCAGACUGAGCUCAAGUCGUCCCCACAGCCUUACCUGGUGCCUUUCCUCAAGAAGAGCCUCCCGGCCCUGAGGCUGUCUUUGCUCAACAGUCAGCAGUCCCUGACCCAGCCCUUGCAGCAGGGAGUCAAACCAGCAGCCGGCGGCGCCCCUCCUGCCAUGGUAGCUGGACCAGCUGUCCGCAUUCGGCACCCUAACAGCGUCAGCACCACGGUGGGUGUCGGCGCUCUGCCCACUGGGACCGUCGGACAUGCAGCUGCCAUGGGCGUAAAGACAGGAGGGACUGUUGGUGGCCAGGUCCGAAUGCCCAUGGUGAUCACGCAGUCCAUCAGACCGCAAGGAACAAUGGGAAAGGGGGCCAUCAUACAAGCAGGCAAAUGUCCCAUGGUUCCUCCUGUUCAGAUCGCCGGGAAUCAGAAAAACAAGCUCAACGACCCCGGAGGAGGUUCUUUCAGAGACGAUGAUGACAUCAAUGAUGUGGCUUCCAUGGCCGGAGUGAAUCUGAACGAGGAGAGCGCCAGAAUAUUAGCAACCAAUUCUGAGCUGGUGGGGACACAGAUCCGGUCGUGUAAAGAUGAGGCCUUCCUUCAUCCUGGGCUGCUACACCGACGAAUCCUGGAAACUGCUAAAAAGUUUGGAGUGACGGAGGUUCCCAUGGAAGCCGUGACUUUCAUCUCACACGCCACGCAGUCACGACUCCGAACUGUAGUAGAAAAGGUUUCUAUCAUCGCACAGCAUCGACUCGACUCAUGUAAGGACGACGAAUGCUACGAGCAGUCUGCAGACGUUCGCUCGCAGCUCCGCUUCUUCGAGCAGCUGGAGAGGAUGGAGAAGCAGAGGAAGGAUGAGCAGGAGAGAGAGAUCCUUCUGAAAGCCGCUAAAAGUCGCUCCAGGCAAGAAGACCCAGAGCAAGCUCGACUGAAACAGAAAGCUAAGGAGAUGCAACAGCAAGAGCUGGCCCAGAUGAGACAACGGGAUGCAAACCUGACAGCGCUAGCUGCGAUUGGACCUCGAAAAAAACGCAAACUGGACUCACCGGGGGCGACACCAUCAGGGACUGAGGUUUCUGGCAGCACGGCAGGCUCCCCGGCGUGCUCCUCCGCCCCGUCCACCUCAUCACGCCAGUACACUCGGCAGCGCAUCACCCGCGUCAACCUCAGGGACUUAAUAUUCUACAUGGAGCAAGAGAGAGAGACCGCCCACUCCCUCCUCCUUUACCGUGCACUGCUCAAGUAGCCCCGGCUCCGCUCAGCACCCACCUCAACCUCCACCUUCUUCUCCUCUUCCUCCCCAGCCACGUGCCUUCAGAUCAGGUCUAAUGUGUCGGCUCUCUGUCUCUAUAUGUACUGUAGUGAUGUUCGACGUAGCUUUUGAUACACAGAGAUUUAGAGAAAAGCUAAUUGUUGUUCCUUGUGUUCUCUGUUCAGCUUCACAGUGUGUAGUUAGAGCCUUCAAGUUAAAGUUGGAUUUGUUGGAGGAAGGUUGUCAGAACCCUAAACCCACACCAUGUCUUCUGGUUUUCUUUUCAUUUGCAGGUUCCAGAAAUCGGGCGGUUAUUUUCACAUCUCAAUGCAGGUUUCUUUAUUUAUUCAAAGGCUAUUUGUUGAACUCGGUUCAAUGGAUGUAGUCUAACCUCAAAAGAACUCAGAGGCAUCUCAGUAAAUUAGAACGUGUUUGAAAAGUUGGGUUAUUUCUGUGACUCGAUUGAUGACAUGAAAUUCACCCACGGUUCAUUUCACCCCCCCACAGAAGGAUCCGGUUAACACUUUUGGUUUUCUACAUUUUGGUGAUAAUUGCUCACAGCAAAGGUUGACCAAAAUUUGACUUUUUUUAUUAAUAAUAAUAUAUAUAUAUCCAUUCAUUACAGAAAUAUUCACUUAUUUAAAUGAUGCAGAACAUUAAGAUGUUCUCCCUGAAGUCCCUGCUGACCUCUCUGCCCCUCUUACUGUCUGGGUACCUGGAUCUUUCCCAGCCUUUCAGAACCAGAACUAUCUGCCCUCAGCUGCUCUUAGAUGCUGUGGUUUCCAGGCCUUUCUUCCUCCAUCCUCAUAAUACUUACAAACAUAAACCUCCGGGUUUCAAACCUGCACUCGACACUCAGUAAAAGCACACUGAUUCUAAACAUAUGCUCACCCACCUACACACACACACCGACAACCAGGCGAUCCUAAUGGUUUAAGGUCAUGCUAACACCAGCUCCUAUAAUAAUAUAAGUGUGGCCUGCCUAAUUCGAUGCUGGGCUGAAUCUGGAUUCAGUUAAGUCAGUCAUACAAUUAGCAUACUGUUUGAGGUAUACUUUAUGAAAAGAAAAACUUCCCUGGUACCACCCUAAAUAUAUGCUAUGAUUUAUAUGCCAAGAUCCAAAAUAACCACACUAGAUAUUAUUAUGAUAACAGCCUUUAGCUUAGUUGUAUUUUGGGGUUUGGUUUUUCUUCCUUUCCUCUCACCAGUUAGUUUGGUAAUAUUGCAGGAAAGCCAUCAACGUUAAAUAUAUAAACGUUAAAUAUAAUUGAAGCUGUAGUUAUACCUGUUCAUUGUGCAUCUUUUUGCUGCUGCAGUUUUUCCUUCCACUAAACGUUCCAUUAAUAUACCCUGCUACAGCACACUGGGAACCUGCUGCUUCUGUAGUAGCUGUGCUUCCAAACACCAUCAAAUUGCACAAAUUGUGAUUACAAAAAUAAAUUUAAUAAAAAAUCAGAUUUAAUAAAACUGCAAUGGAAGUAUUUUUAUUUAUUUUUUAUUUUUUUGCAUCAAACGAGUCACUUGAUCUGCAGCCGGACUUUUGACUUGUAAAAAGACAAGAGGCCAUAUGUGGUUGAAAGGAUGAUGGUGCCCACUACUGCCAUGGCUGAACUAUCUCAUGUACUUACAUUUCCAUGUCAUUUCCGUUACAGUAUUGCAUGAACAAACCUUUUCACAUGCAGCUUUAAUUUGUAUUCGUUAUUUUAUGGAAAUACAGCAAAUGCAAAAAACUGUACUUUUGAAAUUGGCAAAACACCAGCAUCGUUUUGCGCACAUUUGUAAUGGCAAUGCAACUAGUGAUUAUUUUGCUGCUUAGCUUGCUUUUCAACCCACCUCUGUUUAGGCCAUAAUAUUAAAUUACUAAUUUAGAAAAAAAAAUUUCCUCCCAUUUGCUUAUUUUGUUUUAAUCAGAAAACAAGGUCUACCAUAGCUGUAAGCCAAUAUCAUCAAAAUCAACAAAAAGUCACAUUUAGACUAAAACUCCUGUGCAUAAAGUUAAUUGAUACAAUCUGAGUUUAUUGAAAUUAGUGAAAUAAGUUAUUAAGAUGCACCUGUAGCAUCAUUCUGUGACAUUGCUGUAUGUGUAAAUAGUUCUUUUGGAAUUAUUUUACAGCGUGUAUAAUUUUUUCAUCACAGUUAAGUUUUGUAAGAAACAGAAAGUAUUUCCUGUGUGAAUAUUCUUCAAGCUGAAGUUUUGUAAAAGGAGAGUCAGAUUUUGAUGGUUUAAACUGUAGUAUUGUCAUCCCCACCCCCACCAACCUUGUAAACUGAGUCAGUAUUUUCUUAAAGUGAAGUAAGCAGAGUGCAAACAGACAUUCCUUUAUCAUUUCGUCCCACCUUCCUGUCUCUGCAUUCCUUGUGUUAAUUGAACAUAAGCUGCUGUUCGGCUUCAUCAUACAAGCUUUUCACAUCGACUGAAGGGUAAAGGUGACUCAUUGGUUAUGAUGCGCUGCAGCGCAGGUAUGGGAUAAAAUGUCUGUCAAUAAAAACGAAUGCAUCGGUGCCUGAAAUGUAAAUGUAGGUCAAUAAGCGUGAAUAGAUUUGAGAUUUCAAAGAUACAGCUUUGCAAGAGGAUAAGUUUGUAAGUUUUAAUAUGAGAUAUACAGGUACUACAACCCCUUAGGAAGCUGUUAAAGGCACACUAUGCAACAUUUUUCAGUUAAUUAAUGUGUUCCAUAACGUUUUGGAUGAU